AUGGCGGCCCCGGCAGACUUCCUGAAUUACAUCGACAGCAACAAGGACUCGUUCAUCGACCGCCUUGCCAAGGCCGUCGAGAUUCCCGGUGUUUCCGGCGAUCCCGCGCGUCGCGAGGAUGUGUUUCGCAUGGGCGACUUCCUCGACGCCGAGCUGAAGAAGUACGGCGUCGAGACGAAGCGCGUCGAUAUCGGCACCCACGAGAUGGAGGGCGUGCAGCUCAAGCUCCCGCCUCUCGUUCUUGGUCGCAUUGGCAAUGACCCGAGCAAGAAGACUCUCCUCAUCUACGGUCACUUUGACGUUCAGCCGGCGUUCAAAUCGGAUGGCUGGAAGUACGAGCCUUUCAAGCUCACGCGCGAGGAUGAGACCGGAAAGCUGUUCGGACGUGGCUCGACCGAUGACAAGGGUCCCAUCAUGGGCUGGGUGAACGUCCUCGAGGCUCACUCAAAGCUCCAGAAGCCCUUGCCCGUGAACAUCCGGUUCUGCUUCGAGGGCAUGGAGGAGAGUGGUUCUGAGGGUCUCGACGAGUUCAUCCUCGAGGAAGUCAAGAAGCCGGACUCGUGGUUCAAGGGCGUCGACGCUGUUUGCAUCUCUGACAACUACUGGCUCAACACGCGUACACCCUGCUUGACCUACGGUCUCCGAGGCAUCGCCUACUACAAGCUUAACGUAUCCGGCCCUGGCGCUGACCUUCACUCCGGCGUGUUCGGACGUAUGGUACACGAGCCCAUGACUGACCUUGUUCUGCUCAUGAGCAAGCUGGUCGACCAAACCGGCAAGAUCCUCGUACCCGGCGUCGAUGAGAUGGUCGCACCGGCCGACGCGGAGGAGAAGGCUAUCUACGAGAAGCUCGACUACUCGAUCGAGGACGUCGAGACUUCGGCCGGUGCUGCUAUCGCCCUAAGCGGCAACAAGGCGGAGGUGCUAAUGGGUCGUAUGCGUUCUCCAUCGCUCUCGCUGCAUGGGAUCGAGGGCGCCUUCUACGGCGUUGGUGCGAAGACAGUCAUCCCCGCCAAGGUUGGCGGGAAGUUCAGCAUUCGUCUGGUCCCUCCUCAAACGCCCGAGAACGUCACGCCGCUUGUCGAGAAGUAUCUCAACGAGGAGUUCAAGAAGCUCGGUAGCAAAAACAAGAUGAACGUCGAGUACCUGCACGGCGGGAAGCCCUGGGUCGAGGAUCACAAGCACUGGAGCUACGAGGCAGCUCGCCGCGCCACUGAGACCAUCUACAAGCAGACGCCGGAUUACACACGCGAGGGUGGCUCCAUUCCUGUUACUCUGACCUUUGCUGAGGCUCUUGGUGUCAACGUUUUGUUACUGCCUAUGGGUCGUGGUGAUGAUGGUGCACACUCUACUAACGAAAAGCUCGACAUCUCCAACUACAUCGAAGGCACCAAAUUGCUUGGCACUUACCUCUACGAAGUUGAGGCUGGUGCCAAGGCUUAG